AAAGUUGGUGUCUGCAUCACACGCACAUCUCUCAGCGCACACGUAGGUCUGAGAUUAUUAUGUGUGGGAGGUUGAAGAUGGUCAGAAAGUGUAUUCGUUAAUGUCGGCAGCCUGUUGUUUUCUCUCUCUGUAAACGGGGAGACGCGCCGCUAACUGUCGGUGAAGACACACAGCCGUUGGUUUCCACCUCUCUAUCCCGACUGUUGCAUUACGGGGCUGCGGCUGGCAGAAAGCCCGGUGCGAACAUCGAAAUGUGGGAACAGGAGGAAUUUGCAAAACACUGGAGGAAUGAAUUUCCCGACGGAGAAGUACCUCGGAUGGACCUGAACUCCGUGGAGGACAUCGAGUCGGAGCUGGAGACGUGUAAGUCCAACCUGAAGAGGCUCCAGAAGGCUCUGGCGGAGGAGAAAUUCAAGGUGAUCUACCUGGAGACCACCGUGGCUCGACAGAAACGACACGGCUUUGAAGGCAAAGAUGAAAACUUUAACGCGGACACAUUUGGGAAUAUUAGGAAGCCGAUGCGGCGGGACAAUGAGGUCGACGGGGAAAGGACCAGGCUGCCUGACUUUGGAGCCUUGAGGCUCCACGCGGCAGGUAACACAGCGGGGGUCAUCGCCUCCUUCGGCCGGGAACGGAGCAGGUUCAGCGGCAAUAAAGGUAAGCCCGUCCCCAUCCCUGUCCCGCCUCAGAAACCCAGCUUCAUGAGAGGGAGCGCGGCCUCGACCAUCGUCGCUAAGCCCAAUGACAACGAGGAGAGCAGCGACCGAGAAUACGAGGAUGCGGAGCUGAAUGAGAAUUUCGUCAGGAAUAACUUGUUGGCACCAAAGACCGGCGGCAGGGACAGCCAGAGGACCCACUGGGACAGCCGGCGGCCUUUCCGACACAGUAGGGACUUUGACUCCGGCGACGACGGCAGGCUGUCCCCGUCCUUCCCGCACAUUCACCGCAGAGCCUCCCGCGGCUCCGGAUGCAGCACCCCUGACAGGAGGAGUGACGGGUACCUGAGCUCCGACCAUGAGGACUCCUCUUCUGCAGAUUUUAACUACAACACAGAUGGCUACGAGGGAGACGGGGCGGAGGACGGCAAGUCUCAGGAUGGCUCGGAGACGCUGCCCUAUAUAGAUGAAUCGCCCACCAUGUCUCCCCAGCUGUGCGCACCCCAAGGGCCCGAUGGAGAAACGGUCUCCCCUACGCCACCAGAGGGCCUGCUGCCUGGGGGAGACACAGAGAAGGGGCUGGAAAUGAAGAAACUGGUGCUGUCUGGUUUCUUGGCCAGCGAGGAGAUUUACAUUAACCAGCUGGAGGCCCUGCUACUGCCCAUGCGUCCUCUGAAAGCCACAGCCACAACCUCCCAGCCCGUGCUGACCAUCCAGCAGAUAGAGACCAUCUUCUACAAAAUCCAGGACAUCUUCGAGAUCCACAAGGAGUUCUACGACGCCCUCUUACCCAACAUCCAGCAGUGGGACGAGAAGGUCACUGUGGGACAUUUGUUCCAGAAGCUGGCCAGUCAGCUGGGUGUGUACAAAGCCUUUGUGGACAACUACAAGGUGGCGCUAGAGACGGCAGAGAAAUGCAGCCAAGCCAACAGCCAGUUCCAGAAGAUAUCUGAGAACCUCAAGGUAAAAGGUCCUAAAGACUCCAAAGAUUGUACCACAACUAUUUCAAUGGAGGCUCUCCUUUAUAAGCCGAUUGACCGUGUCACCAGAAGCACCCUGGUCCUUCAUGACUUGCUGAAACACACCCCCAAGGACCACCCGGACUUCCCCCUCCUGCAGGACGCCUUGCGGAUAUCUCAGAACUUCCUCUCCUCCAUCAACGAGGAGAUUGACCCUCGCAGGACCGCCGUCACCACGCCCAAGGGAGAGGCCCGUCAGCUGGUGAAGGAUGGCUUCCUGGUGGAGGUGUCAGAAAGCUCCAGGAAGCUACGGCACGUCUUCCUCUUCACGGAUCUUCUGCUCUGUGCCAAGAUGAAGAAGACGGCUGUGGGCCGUCACCAGCAGUAUGAGUGCAAGUGGUACAUCCCUCUGGCGGACUUGACUUUCCAGACCCUGGAGGACUCCGACUCUUGCCCCAGCAUCCAAGUCCUGCCUGAGCAUGAGCUGGAGGAGAUGAAGAUCAAGAUCUCGGUCUUAAAGAGUGAGAUACAGAAAGAGAAGAAAGCACCGAAGGGUCAGAGCCGCGUGGAGCGUCUGAGGAAGAAGAUGAAUGAGCAGGAGUCGUGGCUGCUCACACACUCGCCCACCAUCCCCUUCCGCAUCCACAACAAACAUGGAAAGAGCUAUCUGUUUCUCCUCUCCUCUGACUACGAGAGGUCAGAGUGGAGGGAAAGCAUCCAGAAACUCCAGAAGAAAGAUCUCCAAGCUUGUGUAUUAAGUUCAGUCGAGCUCCAGGUCCUGACCAGCUCCUGCUUCAAACUCCGGACCGUCCACAACAUUCCUGUCACCAGUAACAAGGACGAUGAGGAGACUCCCGGCCUCUACGGCUUCCUGCAUGUGAUCGUCCACUCUGCCAAAGGAUUCAAGGAGUCCGCCAAUCUAUACUGCACCCUUGAAGUGGACUCAUACGGAUACUUUGUCAGCAAGGCCAAGACCCGAGUCUUCAGAGACACCACAGAGCCGCAGUGGAACGAAGAGUUUGAAAUUGAGCUGGAGGGCUCCCAGCACCUGCGCAUCCUGUGCUACGAGAAGUGUUACGACAAAAGCAUGCUCAACAAGGACGACAACGAGAUCGUGGACAAGAUCAUGGGCAAAGGGCAGGUCCAGCUGGAUCCUCAGACGGUGCAGUCCAAGAACUGGCACAUGGACGUCAUAGAGAUGAACGGGAUCAAAGUGGAGUUCUCCAUGAAGUUCACGAGUCGGGACCUCAGCUUGAAGAGAACGCCGUCCAAAAAACAGAGUGGGGUGUUUGGAGUCAAAAUCAACGUGGUGACAAAGCGUGAACGCUCCAAGGUGCCUUACAUAGUCCGUCAGUGCAUUGAGGAAGUGGAGAAGAGGGGGAUUGACGAAGUAGGAAUCUACAGGAUCUCAGGGGUGGCCACUGAUAUCCAGGCCCUCAAAGCAGCAUUCGACACCAAUACCAAAGAUAUCCUGGUGAUGCUGAGCGACAUGGACAUUAACGCCAUCGCUGGGACGCUGAAGCUGUACUUCAGGGAGCUGCCGGAGCCUCUGCUCACCGACCGCCUCUACCCCGCCUUCAUGGAGGGCAUAGCGCUCUCAGACCCAGCAGCCAAGGAGAACUGCAUGAUGCACCUCCUACGCUCCCUGCCGGACCCCAACCUCAUGACCUUCCUUACUCUGCUGGAGCACCUCAAACGGGUGGCUGAGAAGGAGCCGAUCAACAAGAUGUCCCUCCAUAACCUGGCCACCGUGUUUGGCCCCACCCUGCUCAGGCCCUCAGAGUCAGAGCACGCAAAGGGACAGCACAUCACCUCCGCCUCGGACAUCUGGUCACAUGACGUCAUGGCACAGGUACAGGUGCUGCUCUACUACCUGCAGCAUCCUCCCAUCUCCUUUGCCGAACUGAAGCGCAACACGCUCUACUUUUCCACUGACGUCUAACCCCCACCCACCUCCCUCAGGGCGGCACCUGGAGACGAGAGAGUGGGAGACUCCAGACAAACCUUGGUCCCUGCCACUCGGUCCUCCUGCCUCACCUCUCCUCCCAGCAGGCAGCUCAUCUCAUCUGUACAGCCCCCCGCCGAUCCAUCCACCCACCCCCACCCCCACCCCCACACCUCUCCUCUCCACACACCCAAACCAACCACUUCUACCCCCCCCCCCCUCCCCUUACCCUGAAAAGAGAUGGAGCCAAACAUGAAGGGAGGUGGUGAAGGAGAUUUCCUGGUCGUCUAAGUAGUCAUGCAUCAUGUCCUGUUUGUAAUGUGAGGAGAGCAGAGCCGCUCUCCGCCUCCAACCAACAAGACGACAAGGCAUUCUGGGAGCACAGUGGGAAAGGUUGAGGGGUCCGCAGGCCACAGUCCGGCGCGGUGGCACGGGAUCAUGCCCAACGCGUGUGUGGUGGUGUCAUCUCGUGAGCCCUUUCCAGACACUGGUUUAAUGAUCUCAGAAAAACCUCCAGCUUUUUUUUUCCUGAUCAGAGGCAUUCCAGAAAAAUGGCAUUUACAUGUUUUAUAAUUCUGUUCAACGGCUGUUUUUGUUUCCGUCUUCUGUCUUUCUGGCUUUGUGCAUGUGGUGGAGGAGGCUGGGGUGUGUGAGUGACGAUGUGGAUGUACUUGAGUGAGCGUGUGACUGUAUGUGCGUGUUUAAGGGACUAUGAGAACUUGUGAGGUUUAGAAGUGGCUGGGAAGCCGUCGUGAUAGAUGGCUGGCGAAGCGUCUCUCUGUACUGACAAACGAGAGAGAUCUGCCCUCCCCGGUGAGUCUCGGUCAAAUUAGCCCUAUUUAUUUUAAAUAUAUAUAAUAUGUGUGCCUGUACAGUUCUGUGCAACUAGAGAAAUGCUCCAAGGAGUCUGUUUUUUGAAGUUUAUUCAGGUAGUGAUGUUAUUUUUAGUCUGAUUUUCUCAUUCACCAUGUCCAUGGUUGGUAAGCUGUAACUGAAAAGAUCACCAGAAAAUCUGCCAAUUAAUUUCAGAUCACUUCGUAGAGGAGACAGGCCACUCUGUGACAUGAGGGUUGUUGAGAUAAAAAAAAAAAAAAAACACAAUGAAUGGAACAUUUAGCUUUUUUUCUUGUUGUUGCAUUGCAAGCCUGUUCCAAGUGUCUUACUGCACCGGUAUAAUCUAUAGGAUGAUUUGUGUAGUUGCCCUCAUUGCAUGUUCAGCUUGUCAAUCAAACCAGGCCGGGUAACACAAAGGUAGGUUGUCUCUGCGAGGCCCUGGCUACGGCUGGCAAACGCCCAUCUCUGCUCUGUACAAAGCCAACAACCUUUCUGCUAUCAAGCCUGCGACAUAUCUUAAAAUACUGUAAGCACUGCUAGAUGAGUACUAUUUGAUAUUUUUAAUAUAAGAUUAAAAUAAAAUAAAAAAUGUUGUAUUUUACUUCUUUGGAGAAGAAUUUCAAUAUACUGUAAUAUUGAGGCUAAAUGUUAAUGUGAACUUUUUCCCCCUUUUUUUUAGUAAAAUAAAAGUUACCAAAACACUC